UUUAUUUUUAUGGCUACAGUCAUUGUUGGCAAUGCUUUAGGGUAAAAUAUUAUUGUCUUUUUACAGAGAUUCUCAAAGAUGCAAAUUAUCUGUUUGGGACUGCUCCUUUUCAGUCUGACCUGGGCAGCACUAACAUUUCAACCACAGACUGAGAAAACUAAGCAAGACUAUGUGGAAAAGCAGAGGAUAACGUACAAGGGUCACAGUGAGAAACAUGGGUCUUAUAUUUUUAAGUAUGUUUACACGUCAUCUGGGAGGAAAAAUCAAGCUAACAUAAAGCAGGGAGAAAAAAACAAUGACAAAAUUGCUCUUCACCAAUCUGGCAAGAGAAGAAAUCAAGAAUCAGCAUCUAAAGAAAACAUUGCCCAGGAAAAAGAGAAAGACUUGUCCCUUCUUGGAGCCAAUAAAAAUAAUCAAACCAAUAAAUCUCAAAAUAUUUUUGAAAAUAGACAGACAAUGAAUGAAGACUUCAGUACUAGUAACAAAGAAAAUGCCCACAAUAACCUAAAGGUGUCCAUUUAUCCUGGAUCUACUGGGAAUAAUGGGGCUGAGGAUGGAGAUACUGUUAUCAGCAAACUACAUGACCAAGAAGAAUACAGUGCUGCUCUCACCAGAAAUAAUAUGCAACAUAUAAUGGAGCCAGGAGCUGUGACUGAACUCUUGGGGAAAGAAAACAAAGAGAUCAAAUUCAGGAAAGUUCUAAGCAAAAUUCCAACAAGUGUGAGCUAUGCUAAAGCCCCUUUAAAAGGUCAGAAGAAUCAUCAAAGAGAUCCACAAGCACAGAAGAUUCCAGUAAAGAGCAAAAGCACUCACCAUAUUCAACACAACACUGACUAUCUAAAACAGCUCUCAAAAGUCAAAAAAAUCCCCAGUGACUUUGAAGGCAGUGGUUACCCAGAUCUUCAAGAGAGGGGGAGCAAUAAUAUGUCUCCUUUCAGUGGCGAUGGACAACCUUUUAAGGACAUUUCUGGUAAAGGAGAAGUCAUUGAUUCUGAUCAAGAAGGUGCAGAUAUUCAAACAGAAUUUUCUGGUCCAAGUGAAGCUGAAACUGUUAAACCAGAGGCCGGAGGGCCAGGUUAUAAUGACAUCCCAGAGAAAGAAGAAAAUGGCAGAAAUACCAUUGGGACCAGGGAUGAAACAGAACAAGAGGCAAAUACUGCUGAUGUGAGCCUAGUGGAGGGCAGCAAUGACAUCAUAGGUAGCACCGAUUUUAAGGAACUCCCUGGAAAAGAAGGAAACAGAGUGGAUGCCGGCAGCCAAAAUGCUCACCAAGGGAAAGUAGAAGUUCAUUACCCUCACGUACCCUCAAAAGAGAAAAAAAAAGAAGGCCGUAGUGAUGUCGCUGAAAGUACUAAUUAUAAUGAAAUUCCGAAAAAUGGCAAAGGGAGUAGCAGAAAAGGUCCAGAAUAUUCUCAUAGGAAUCAAGUGACCUCAAAUGAAAAAGAGAGAUUUCCUAGUAAGGGCAAAAGUCAGGGUCAGCCCAUUCCCUCUCAUGGUCUUGAUAAUGAAAUUAAAACUGGAAUAGGUUCCCAUAGUGGUCCCAACAAUGAGGGGACUAUAACAACACAUAGCAGAAAAAAUUAUCAUGUACCCCAUAGACGAAACAAUUCUAUGUGGAAUAAGGGUAUGCCGCAAAGGAAAGGCUCUUGGGGUUACAGAAAAUCCCAUUCCAACAGGUUUAGGCCCCUUAAAAAGCAUGACAGCAGUGAAUCAUCUGACAGUGGCAGUUCAAGUGAGAGUGAUGGUAACUAGUUCACGAGAAUUUCCCAGCA